GGAGCACGGCCGUUCCCCUAGUCAAGAUGGCGGCGAGCAGCGCCAGCAGCGGCGGCACGGCCGGUGGUAAAAGCAACAGCGGCGGAGGGAAGCAGUCCGGCCCCACGGCCGAGCAGGUAACGCCCGAGGCCGGCGGGGAGCCCCGUUCUCCAGGCUUACCGGGUUUGGGAAGGGGAGGGGGCGGCAGAGGAGGUGUGGGCAUGCGGCGGCUGAUCGCACGCUCGCCUGAGCCCAGCGCCGCAACCCGAGCAGCCCCGAUUUCUGGAAACACCAGCAGUAAUGCAAUCGCUGCAGUGCGGCGACACGACGGGACACGACACGGUGAAGGGGAGAAUCAUACCACAUUUAUUUAUUUUUUUUGCUCACGUUUUAUACGUUGGUGUGAGAGUGAUGAGCUUGCCUCCUGUGUGUGUGCUGACCCUUCUCCCCGCCCCCUCUCCCAGAUCUCCAAGAUCGUGGAGUCGCUCAACGCGCAGAUGCAGACCAAGGGGCGGGAGCUGAACGAGUACCGGGAGCGUUACAACAUCCGACUGGUGGGCGAGGAGGAGGGGGCGGGGAAAGCGGCGGGCUCGGCCAACCGGGAGAGCGACGGGGGAGGGGGCGGGUCCAAGGGCGGGGCUGGAGUGCUGGUCUCCUAGCGACGCCCGCGCUGGUGGGAGGGGCUGGCGUCGCAGUUUUUCGCAGGCCAGAGCGUGCACAGUUUGCCAUGUCUGUAAUGUAUUUGUGUGUAGAGUUUUUUUUUAAUUUUGUUUUGCUUUAUGAAUAAAAACCUAAAAAGUCA